CUCACCUUAUAUAAAGUCGCUCUGCAGGUCUGUCUUUUCCUCUCGCGCCUCCGUCUCUCAGGGGGAGGGUGAGGCCAGGUCAGGCUGUGCGCUCGCCGUUGUUCUUCGUGUCCUCAUGGCUCUGAACGUCCCGGGACUCGUCGUCACUCUGCUCUUCUACGUCCUGGUUCUGGCCAUCGGGGUCUGGGCCUCGGUCAAGUCCAGGCGGGACCAGAGCCGGAGCCAGGCCCAGCACAGUGACAUGGCUCUGCUGGGAGACCGCAAGAUCAGUCUGCUGGUGGGCGUCUUCACCACCACCGCCACGUGGGUUGGAGGGACGUUCCUCGUGGGCACUGCAGAGUCGGUGUACGACCCGGGGCAGGGUCUGGUCUGGGCUGUGAUGCCUUUGGCCGCGACAGUCGCCUUCAUCCUGGGGGGCCUGUUCUUCGCCGAGCCCAUGAGGGACAGGAAGUACGUGACCAUGAUGGACCCUUUCCACAGCAGAUACGGCCCCGUCCUGAGCGGGCUCCUGUCGCUGGGGCCCCUGCUCUCCGAGGUCAUCUGGGUCACGUCCACACUCAUCAGUCUGGGCGUGACCAUGAGCGUGAUCCUGGACCUGUCCUACACCGUGAGCAUCUGGAUCUCCGCCGCCGUGGCCAUCACCUACACUCUGCUGGGAGGACUCUACUCUGUGGCCUACACCGACAUCAUCCAGCUCGUGCUCAUCUUCAUCACUUCUUGGCUGUGCGUGCCCUUCCUCCUCAUGAGCCCCUCCUCUGUGGACAUCACCACCUCCUCCUUUAACCACACGUUCCAGGCUCCGUGGGUGGGCAGUGUGAGCGCGGCCACGAUCUGGAGGUGGCUCGACGUCUUCCUCUUGUUGAGUGUGGGGGACCUGGGUUUUCAGGACUUCCACCAGAGGACGCUGUCGGCCUCGUCCUCCAGCACGGCCAAACUGCGCUGUUACGCCGCCGCCGUCCUCAUCCCCACGUUUGGGAUCCCCCCGGUGCUCGUCGGGGCCGUGGCUGCUUCUACAGAUUGGAACCAGACGUCGUACGGGGCCCCUCCCCCACACGAGCGCGGGCAGACGGGCCUGAUCCUGCCCCUGGCGCUGCACCACCUGACCCCGCCCUACAUCUCCGUGGUGGGCAUCGGAGCCGUGGCCGCCGCCGUGAUGUCAUCCACGGACUCCGCCCUCUUAUCGUCCGCGUCCAUCUUCUCCUCAAACAUCUACAAGAAGAUUCUGAGGACCAAGGCGUCGGAGCAGGAGUUGCGUUGGGUGAUCAGAGGUUCCGUGGUCGUCUUCGGGCUGGCGGGGGCCUCCCUGGCGUUCCUCCACACCGGGGUCAUGGCGUUCUGGGUGCUGGGAGGAGAGAUCGCCUACAUCCUCAUGGUCCCUCAGCUCGUCUGCGUCCUCUUCAUCGGCGUCUCCAACGGUUACGGGGCCGCGGCGGGCUUCUUCUCGGGCCUGCUCUCGAGGCUCCUGUGCGGGGAGCCGAUGCUGGGUCUGCCCCCCGUCCUCCACUUCCCCGGGUGUGUGCUGGAGGACGGCGUCUACGUCCAGUACUCGCCCAUCAGGUCCGUGUGCAUGCUGGUGGUCUUCUGCACCAUCCUGCUCGUGUCUUAUGUGACCGGUGUGAUGUUCAACAAAGAUCUGCUGCCUCAGAGCUGGGACGUGUUUCGUGUGAAAGAAACGCCGAAGAAACCGGAGAUCAGCAAGGAGCUUUCAGAGACUGUGCAGGAGAACAGAGCGACACAACCCAUGCUGGAGUCCACCUGUUGAAAACCAUGUGCUCUGACAAACAAACUGCUUUUUACAAAUCUAAUCCAGAAUGACGUCUCUCUCCAUGGACGUCAACAGUUUUAAGGCCCAGAGAGAGAAACUUUGACCCCGUUUACACUGAAACUAACCCGCGUAUCACCGUAUCACUGUAUCGGAAACGAUCUGCAUCCAGACACGUCGUUUUUGUAUCCGCAAUCAAAGCCUUCCCUGUCCACACGGUAACGCAAAAUCGCCUGAAACGCUCAUGUCAAAUCGUCACGAUGUUCCGACGUCAUGUAAGUGGUAAAAACAAGGAAGUCUGAAGUUGCUGCAGCUGAUUUUGAGCCGAGGGAGAUGGCAAGUGUAAAAACAGUCUUUUCGUGGACCGAUGACGAGGUUCAGUUGUUACUUCGCGUAACUCUGGGUUUUAAGACGAGCACGGCAGCUCAGAGUGACGACUGACUCAUUUCUGUGUCCGUAAGUCUUCCCUAUCCACACAACUUUGAGCAUAUUUGUUUACGUUUUACAAGAAGGAAACUUUCAUAAUUUGCAUAAACUAAGUCUCAAAAAAAACAGUUCUUUACUUGUGUCUGAUGUGGUUCAUUUUCUGUCGGACUAAAGGACACGACUCAGUGGAAUAUGAGUGUUCUUUCUGUGACAGAGGGGUGUUCUGCUGAUGGUGAGUCUGUUCUGUGUUUCUGUC